AUGGGCGCAUCCUCGUCCGUGCGUCUAUUUUCAUCGACCGCAGCGGAGGAAGACUUCUUUGCCACCGAAGUGAGCUCGUUCGAGUCCAUGGGAAUCCAAUCUCCCAUUUUACUAGAGAGACUGCAAAAGGCUGGGUUGGAGAAACCUACUCAAGUCCAAGCCAGUUCCUUUUCCGCCCUACGAGAAGGCACCAAGGGGGUUACCAUUGGUGCGGAAACUGGAUCGGGCAAGACUCUGAGUUAUUUGUUGCCACUAUUGGACGAUAUUUUACAACAAAAGCAAAAGAUUGCCAACGGCGAAGAGGCGGCCCUCCAGUACGAUUAUGCCCGUGCUUUGAUCCUCGUGCCCAACAAGGAAUUGGUGCAACAGGUCGUUCGCAUGGCAGUUCCAUUGUGCGGUGAUAGUGAAAGUGAUGUCUUGAUUAACUCUUCAGUAUCAAGCAGCAGCAGUAGCAGCAGCAGUAUUGCCGAUCCUGCCACAACGGUUCGAAUCGCAAUCAUGCCUGGUGGACUCGCAGAACCCCUCGACUUUCGGCCCUUUCGAGAAACCAAAGCCUUGGGUGGAACUGAACCUCCCAUUGAUUUGAUCAUUUCGACGCCGGCAGCAGUGGGGCCUUUGGGACCAUCACCCAAACAUAUUGAAAUGUUUGCUGACAUUCAGACUUUGAUCAUUGAUGAAGCGGACAUGUUGCUAGAUGGAGGUUACAUUCGACAACUGGAGAAUGUCUUGCUUGGAUUCAAGCGGGCAGAUCGCUUGGACCCAGCCUACGGAGCUGCCAAGACCCAGCACGUCUUUUGUGCUGCCACUCUACCAGAUAUGGGGCUUCGCAGCGUAGAUGCUUAUCUUCAAAAGAAAUUCCCAUACUCGGAACAGAUUCAAAUGGAGGGAAUGCACAAUGCUAAGCACUAUGGACUUGCCCAAUCUACUGUGUGGAAAGAAAUUGAAACCAAGAAGGAAAGAAUGGAACUACUGCAAGAAAUGUUGCAGAUAACACCGGAAGAAGGUGGACUGAAAGGAGAAAAACUAAUGCUCUUUGUAAACAGUGUUGAUGAUGUGGAAGGGGCCCAUGGAGCGCUCGAGCGGGCUGGUGUUUCUUCGGUUCCUUUCCAUGCCAAGAUCAAGCUUGGAGAACGAUCCACAAACUUGGACCGCUUCCGCCGAUACAACAAAGACGAACCAGAUGCGGAGGAUACUGUUCCCGUUCUAGUCUGUACUGACUUGGCAAGCCGUGGUCUCGAUGUCCCAGGUGUCAAUGUGGUUGUGCAGCUUCAGUUUGCAGGCAAUGUCGUUUCCCAUUUGCAUCGCAUGGGUCGAUGUGGAAGAGCAGGACAGCGGACUGGACGAGGCAUUGUGUUUUACAACUCUGUGGAAGCCGAGCUGGUAGAAGUAUUGAUCCAGGCAGAGGAGCAGCAAGAACGAAUGGUACUAGAAGGUGAUGUCAUGGACACCCCGGAUGAUGAAGAAGACGAAGAGGGAGAAGGGAAAACUAGGGGCAAAGUAAAGAAGGCGUUUUCAAGGAAACGAGGCUUUACCAAAAAGAAAAAGAAAGAAAGGCGAGAAGCUCGCUCCGAACAUGAAGCUUAG